GGACGACAUUUUAAACACCUUCUUUAAAUACAAAAAAAGUGCAUUGUGGGUUUUAAAAAGAAAAACAAUGUAUGUAUCAAAAUUGUGUACCCUAUUUAUAAGUGGAUUUUUUUUAAUACGUUCAAUCAACUUUCACACAUCAGGUGAAGCUCUGAGACAGUUAGUGGUACGUUCAGAAUCUCUGGCAAGCGUGUACAGUGGCGCAGGUGGGGAAGGACGAUACGGGGCUGUAACGGUACGUGGCCAGGUCGAGUUUGGCUUGCAAUACAAUUACAAGGCUUCAGCUCUUGAAAUUCAGGUUCGACAGUGUCGAGAUUUGGCUCCGGUGGAUACGAAAAGGAAUAGGUCAGAUCCUUAUGUCAAGGUGUAUCUUCUGCCCGACAAGUCAAAGAGUGGCAAGAGAAAAACCAAAGUUAAGAAGCACACACUUAAUCCGAUAUUCCACGAAUGCCUGAAAUUCCACAUAUCCCUAAGUGAGUUAGAGACGCGAACGUUAUGGUUGACAGUUUGGCAUUCCGACAUGUUCGGAAGAAACGAUUUCCUCGGAGAGGUCAUGAUGACUUUAGAAAAUAAAGUUUUCGAUGAUCCUACUCCUAGGUGGUAUCAGUUACAAGAAAGGACGGAACCUUUUGAAGACGUCCAGUCGUACAAGGGUGAUAUAAUAGUAUGUUUGAAGUUUAUUCCACCAGACAUGACAAGCCACAAGAAGAAGAGGUCUAGAGGAGCCUUACAUGUUCUGGUCAAAGAAGCCAAAUCGCUAACGGGAGUCAAAGCCAACGGCACUUCUGAUCCCUUCUGCAAAAGUUACCUGCUGCCUGACAAAGGUCGAAGCUCCAAGCAGAAAACUCCAAUGGCUCGUAGGACGGUGAAUCCUGUAUGGAACCACACGUUCGUGUAUGAUGACGUCACGUUACAGGAGUUAGCAGAACGUUGUUUAGAACUCACAGUUUGGGACCAUGACAGAUUGGGCAGCAAUGAGUUUUUGGGCGGAGUCAGAUUCUCUUUGGGAACAGGCAAACACUAUGGCAAACACGUAGAUUGGAUGGACGCCUCUGGGAAAGAACUAAGUCUCUGGAAGAGCAUGCUAGAGAGGCCCAACUUCUGGGUGGAAGGAGCCUUCAACUUCGACCGAGUCUUGACAGCCGAGUAUCCUAAUACUCACUCAGUCAAAAUCAAAUGUGUCCACAGUUGCUCAAAAUAAUAUUCGACCAGCAGGUCUUACAAAUUUGUAAUUUGUAUAAUAAUGUAAAAAUGACCUUCGUGUUGAUGUGAAGUCAUCAAUAUAUUCUAAAGAAAUCCUGUAUAAACUUAUAAUCAAACCAUAUUUGUGUUGUAUAUAAAAAUGUCUUCCAAAAUAUUCAGUUUUUCAAAUUAAUAGAGAAGUCUGUUGGCUAAAUAUCGAAAUGUUUUUUACUAACUGUGGACACCUUGUAGACUUAUACAGAGGGAGUCUCCUUAUAUUUUGACCAGACAUUUUUUCAAUGUAAAUGUAUAUUGUGAGGUUAUGUCCACUUGUUGAUUCAUCUAUCACAAAUUGAGAAAUAAAAAACGUUGUUCCCAGCUCUAUUAAAAGGUGAAUAUAUAGAAACAUCCUGUGUAUGUUUGUUCAUGAUUAUAUUGAAUGUAUGUAAUGUUGCGAUUCAUGAUUUUUUUUAAAUAUUGUUAGUAUGUUGAUGAACUGAUAUUUUCUUAUAAUAGUAAU